AUGACAACGUUCUCGACCGACCCAGCUCUCUACAUCUUCACCUCCCUCACCGCCGGCUCGUCCCACAUCGUGACGGCCACUUCGCGGCUGGAAACCAUCCUCAGAGCCAACCGGGUACCCUUCAAGGCUGUUGAUAUUGCCACAGACCAAAAGGCACGCAUGCUCUGGGGCCGAAGGGCCGGUAAAGACGAGGGCGGCCGCCUCAGGAAGCUCCCUGGUUUGGUGCAGGAAGGUGUGGUCUUGGGGGAUCUCGUCGAGAUUGAGGAAUGGAACGAAUACCGUGAAUUGAAGCAACACGUCAAGAUAUACUACGACGAGCACACCAUCCCGAGCAUUCAUGAUAUACCCCCCGAACCGCCAAAACUGCAUAAGCCGGCAGACAAAUCCGCGGCUGCCAAGAGCGCCGCCACUGCCCCUCCUGCUCCCCCAUUGCCAGUAGCGAAAUCAACCGCCGCUCCGACGAGCAAAGCAAGUGACAAGACACCGGAAACUGGAGACCCAACUGUACUACCUCUCCGAUCUGUCGCCGACGAGGCUGCCCAAAAGGCCAAGGAUUUGCGCCUCAAGGCGCUCCGCGACAAAGUCGAUGGCAAAGGCACCAAGACAGAAAGCGAAUCGAGCUCGUCAAACAAGACCACGCUUCCCGGUCAAGGGAAUGAUGAGGAAAAAUCAAAGGCCAACAAAGACGACCCUCGGCCCGGGAUGCAAUCCCCCACAAGCGCUGCCUGGAAGAAGCAGUCCGAGCAAGGUGUAACCCGCGAAAUGGAGCAAAGCCCAUCCAGUGGCAAGUGGCGAUCGGGAUCUGAAGGAGAGACAGUAACUCCCAAAAGUUCCGUAACUCAGCCAGCAAUCAAGAAGGAAACUGUGGAAGUGGAAGUGGAGCAAAGGAUGCAGAAGGAGAAAGGGUCAGACAAGCUCGAGGAGAAAAACCAAAGGAGGAUUGGGAAAGUGAAGGACGACGAGGAGGACGAUGGCGAUGGCGAAGAAGCCGACGAAUCGGAUGAAAGUGAGGACGAUGAAGACGAUGAAGACGAUGAAGAGGAAGAUGAUGAAGAGGAGGACCAUGAAGCUGAUGAAGCUGCCAAGGUGAGCAAGAAUAAGUGCACCGUGGAACAACAAACCAAAGAGGUGGCACUAGGUACAGAUGGGCAGAAACUCAACAAGUCAUCAGCAAAGUAA